CAACCGAACACUUCUCAUUUUUGUUCGAUUUUCUUCUUUUUUUUUUUCAUCGCAACGUGUGCAGUUCCGUCUCACGUCGGACUCUGCCAUCAGGUAUCUUCCGUCAACCGGUUUUGUGUUUUGGCUUUUCAUUAUGGCUCAUGCGGCAGCUGAUCACAACAAGAGAUUAGACCCACUCGAAGGGGCUCCUGAUCCGUUUCCGGUCCUUGGGGCCCCAGAGGCCCCGGUUAAGGCUCGAGAUGGGCGGGAAGCUUUGGACACGGACUCUCAUUCGCACUUUCCAUCUCUCGUGUCUAGUACCCCAGUUGCGCAGCCGCCGCCCAAGUCUGCUUGGGGCGCUGAUUCCGGUCCCCGUAUCAAGGCUAAUGUCAGAUAUCAACCCGUGGUCUCAGAUUGUUUCACACUGUCAACCAUCGCGCUUCCAACCACCAAGGACGGCAAGCCCAUGUCUCUUGGGGACGUCAUGAAACAGGUUAUGUCCAAGUUUAAGGUCAAGAUUGAGGCUUCGGCGAAUCAGAAGGCUCGUCAGACUACUUUCCACAUGAAGGCUGAGACCGAGAAGGAGGUGGAGAAAGCGAAGCGACACCUACUCUCCUUGUUAAGCCCUGUGGUGACUCUCACGGUUCUCGCUCCUGUUUCUAUGAUUGGUUCUAUUGUCGGUUCGAAGGGUGCCACCUUGAAGCAAAUCCGUGAUCAAUUCGGUGUGAAGGUUGACGUGCCCCGCAAGGAAACUUCCACUACAAACGGCACAAGUAAUGAAACCUCUUCUGGACCGGCCACCCCUUCGGUUGAGGUGGAGGACGAAGAGGAGCCUACGCUUCCCGUGACAAUUACUGGUCCCCAACCUCUUGCUCUCGAAGCCCGCGACAUGAUCACUAGUAUCAUUUCUAAUAGGUCACCUAGGCUCACCCGUCGCGUCAAGGAUAUCCCAUCUCAUAUUUUGCCAUUUAUCAUUGCUCUUCGUUCCCAGUUCCUUCAAGCAGCUCAAGGAGGAGAUAUUCAAUUAACCUUGAACGCCGAGCGCGAGGUUGUUGCAAACGGUGACCGUGAGGUCGUUGUACGGGUGGUUGAAGUGAUUAAAGCGACAAUCCAAUCAUGCAAGACUGCCUUGAAUCCGAUGAAACUUUCCCUUCCAAAGAGGCAACACCGUCUUCUCGAUGGCAAAGCCCAAGAGGAUAUCUUUAUGAAGAGCAAGUGUUCGGUUGUCGUCCCUGAUAUCGAGGAUCCUAGUGAAGAGGUUACUGUCUACGGCAUGCCGGAAAACGUUCAAUCAGGCCUUGCUAUUGUCAUGGAAAUGGCCAAUUCCCAGUAUAUCCAUGUGUUCCCGCUCCCCGGUCCUACAUCACUUUCCCGUCAAUUGCUCGCUUAUAUCACUCGUAUCAACUAUCCAGAAACCCUUAAUACUAAGCAUCCCGGUGCUUCUGUCUUCAUACCUUCGACCGCAACAGCUGCUCAGGCUUCGGUUCUUAAUGUCGACAUAAUCGGUGAAAAAUCUGUCGUCGAUGCCGUUGUUAGGCAGAUGUCUGAACUCCUUGGAAAAUUGAUUGGAGCGACAAAGGAGAUUCCUAUUGACUGGCUUAGCCAUGAACUUAUCCAGGUCAAGAAUGCGCAGAAGCUGGAACAAUUCCACGAGGUUGACAAUGUGCAAGUUUACUUCCCUCUUGAACCCACCCAGCAAUCAUCGGUUCUGCUUGUUUAUGACCCCUUCUCGCCUCAUGCAUCUCCUUCGCCUGUAGAGAAGGAAAAACAUCUGGAUGAGGUAGCUCAAGCUUUGCUCAAGAUGGCCAAGGAAGUUGCCGACAUCAAGACCGAAGUUCUCCCCGUUGAGAAACGCUGGCACAAGGCUCUGAUGGGCAUGGAUGGAAAUAUCCUCGACUCUAUUGUCGGCGAGGAUCAGGCGCUCUUGGUCAAAUUUGGCGCUGAGGCCGGUGAUCCCUCCACCGAAGAUGUCAUAUGGCUCCGCGGCAUCAGGUCAGAUGUUGACAAUGCAAUCAAAAAAAUCUGUCAGAUGGUUGAAGACGCCAAGGAAGAUGCCAUUGCCAGCAGUUACUUCACGGAGUUUGAGAUUGACAAGGAAUUCGUCGGGCGGAUCGUCGGUGUACAGGGUGCUAAUAUUAAUAAACUACGGGAACAACUCAACGUUCGGGUCGACUUCUCCGACGAAGUCGAGGAGAAGGAAAAAGAGUUCUCCAAGAAGAAGAAAUCAGUUACCCAGAAAGCCAAGUUAAAGAUCACUGGACGAAAAGAAAAUGCUGACGAAGCUAAGAAGCGGAUCCUGGCUCAAGUUGAGAAAUUGGCUGACGAGACUACCGAGACUCUCAAGAUCCCUGGCCAGUACCAUGCAUCUCUCAUUGGUCAAAGUGGGAAAUACGUUGUCCGCCUCGAAGACAGAUAUGGUGUCAAGGUUACCUUCCCUCGCCAGUUUGGGGAUAAUGUAGAAGGUAAACGGGAGCUCAAACCGGACGAGGUUGUCAUUAGGGGCGGCAAGAAAGGUGUAGCCCAAGCUAAGCUUGAGCUAUUGGAAGCUCUGGACUUUGAGAAGGAGGUGAACAAUACUCUCAAAUUCACUGUUCCAGGAAGGGCUAUCGCCCAUAUUCUUGGAAAGGGUGGGGCUACCAUCAACGAGAUUAAAGACGAGACAGAUGCCCAAAUCGAUAUUGAAAGAGGCACUGCCGAGGACAAGUCUGCGGACGUCUGCAUCACAGCUCGUGGUACCAAGGCCGCCAUCAAUGCUGCCAAGACUGCUAUACUUGCGAUCGUCGAACAAGUGCCAGAAGAAAGCAGUGAAACUAUUUACGUUGAACAAAAGUACCAUCGCUCCAUCAUUGGUCCUGGUGGCCAGGGCCUCAAGGACCUCAUUGUUCGUUGUGGUGGACCUUCAGACCCCAAGCUGCAGGCUGGGUUGGUCAGAUUUCCGCGUCAGGGUGGUAUUUCUGAUGAAGUUCGCCUUCGUGGAGAGCCUAGCGUUCUGAGUAGGAUCAAGGACGAACUAGAGAAUAAAGUAUCUGCACUUCGUGACCAGGUUGUGGUAGCAGUCGAGAUCCCCGCUGCUCAGCACCGCAACAUCAUCGGCAGGGGUGGCCAGCAUCUGUAUGACUUGCAAAACCGGUACGGCGUGUAUAUUCAGUUGCCAGGUUCUCGUGGGUACGGUCAGGUUGGAGAACCGUCUAAUGCUACUGAGGUGGAGACUGCGGAUCCUGGCGAUAUCGUAAAAGUUAGCGGGUCACAAUCGGCGUGCGAGGCAGCAAUUUCGGAUAUGAAGAGUCACAUAAAGGGACUUGUGGCUGACGGCGCAACGGCUAUGGUUUCCAUUCCCUUGAUGUAUCACGAUGCUGUCCUGCAACAAGGCGCCCUGUUCCGCACAUUGAGGUCAUUUGGUGUUCAAGUUGAACAGUCCGUUCAACAAAAUAGACCUACCUUCCCAACACAGCCUCCUCAACCAGUGAACUUCAGCACCCGCAUCGACAGCGAGGACGUACCUGAGGCUGACUGGCAAGUUACUCCCAACUAUCAACAUGCAGAAGAAGGGAGUUCGGAGUGGACAUUAAAAGCGAAAGAUGCCACCAGUCUGGAGCGUGCCCGGAGCGAAAUCCAGGUUUCCAUUGAGCAGGCGAAGGACAAAACCCAUAUUGGGUUUUUGACACUUCCGGAUCGUUCCGUGUUCCCUAGGCUGGUUGGCACGAAAGGUUCCAAUAUUGCGCGGUUACGCAACGAAACCGGAACUGAUAUCACGGUCGGUAGGGAAAACAACACUAUCGUCAUCGUUGGUUCCGAAUCGGCUUUAGAAGCCGCGAAGGAAGCAAUUCUGUCACAGGUUGUGGCUUCUCGUGCAGGGCGUCGUUAGGUGGUUAUGAGACCCAGGUUACACUUUACCUUAGAUAUGAGUACACACUAUGCAUCGGUUG